GGCUCAGCCGGCGCAGCCAUGGGCUCCCGCGGCUCCCACGCGGCGCGCAUUCCCGACGCGGACAGCAUCCGGCGGGAGACCGGCUUCUCGCAGGCCAGUCUGCUCCGCCUCUACCACCGGUUUCGGGCGCUGGACAGGAACAAGAAGGGCUACCUGAGCCGCAUGGAUCUGCAGCAGAUCGGGGCGCUGGCCGUGAACCCCCUGGGAGAUCGCAUCAUAGACAGCUUCUUCCCCGACGGGAAUCUGCGAGUGGAUUUCCCAGGCUUUGUCAGAGUCCUGGCUCACUUUCGACCUGUCGAUGAUGACGACUCGAGCAUGCGAGACCCCAAGGAACCUGAACCCCUCAACAGCCGAAUGAACAAACUUCGCUUUGCAUUUCAGCUCUAUGACCUGGAUAGAGAUGGAAAGAUCUCCAGGCACGAGAUGCUACAGGUCCUCCGGCUGAUGGUUGGGGUGCAGGUGACAGAAGAGCAGUUGGAGAGCAUCGCCGACCGCACGGUGCAGGAAGCGGAUGAAGAUGGGGACGGGGCUGUGUCCUUCCUGGAGUUCACCAAGUCAUUAGAGAAGAUGGACAUCGAGCAGAAAAUGAGCAUCCGGAUCCUGAAGUGACCCUCUUUGUGCCGUUGGCUAGCUUACACAGACCAGCUCAGCGUGGAAUUUAUCUUCAGCCCCUACAGAGGCAGGGCCCCCAAAACUGUAUUCAUGUGUCUAUGCUAAACUCUAUUUAGGGCCAAGGAGAGAAAGCUGGAAGGGUGUGUACUAAAUAAAGUCUAGCUUAUUUGAUCUCAGAUUCAUAAAUCAGCCAGCAAUCUUCUGGUUGCAAGCAACUGAAAACCCAAUUUACAGUGACUUAAGUGAAAAGGGGAUUUUUAUGGGCUCAUGUAAUUAAAAAGUUUGAAAGUAUCUUCAGAAUACAGAAAAAGCCUGGAAGUGUCUUCAGGCACAGUUAAAUUCAAAGGACUCAGUUAUUAAUUUCUCAAUCGACUGUGUGUGUGUGUGUGUGUGUAUGUGUGUGUGUGUGUGUUGGGAGGAGGGCUCUUUCCUCAUGGUGGAUGGCCACCAGCAGCUCUCGGUUUAUAUCCUAGUAAUCCAAUGGGAAGGGAUUACCUGGGCAGCCCAGGUGGCUCAGCAGUUUAGCGCCGCCUUCAGCCCGGGGCCUGAUCCUGAAGACCGGGGAUCGAGUCCCACAUCGGGCUCCCUGCAUGGAUCCUGCUUCUCCCUCUGCCUGUG